CGUAAAUGUCGGAAGGUGACGACAAAAAAAGGAAAAACAAGAUUCGUUCGGCGUGACCAAUAUACCCCUUUCGUACAUAGACACUUCAACUCACUUCUGUCUGGUCUUCUCCACUCUCUAUUAUACCAAAAAAUCAAUUUCCCGAUUUAGAAACAUCUCAGAACACAAUACCGCUUAUCAUCAAAAAAAAAAAAAAAAUGGCGGAGCAAUCAACCACCACCACUCUCCCCACGCCGGAAAAUCAACCACCGUCUGAACUAACAACUCCGGAAGAAUCAAAGCCUACUCUUGAAGCCUCGGCCACAGAGACUGAAACGGCGGCAACCACCUCCACGCCGGAAAAAGAAACCACGGCGGAGAAACCUGAGGUGACGACGGAAGAGCAUCAGCCGCCGAAAGUGACUGAAACGGCGGUAACCACCACCACGCCGGAAACGGAAACCGCGGCGGCGAAUCUCGAGUUGACGCCGGAGGAGCAUCAGCCGCCUAAGGUGACGGAAACUGAAACUGCGUCGACGGAGAAGAAAGAGCUCACGUCGCAGAAGGAAGAAGCUGCUGCCGAAGAAGAAGAGACGAAAAGGAUCCCACAGAAUCUCGGCUCGUUCAAAGAAGAGAGCAGCAAGCUCUCCGAUCUAUCAGAUUCCGAGAAGAAAUCUCUCAACGAGCUGAAGCAUCUCGUGCGCGAAGCUCUCGACAGCCACCAGUUCGGUUCAGUCCCUAAACCGGAAGAAGAAGCCCCCGCCAACAACGACAAACCGGAAGAAGUCACGAUCUGGGGAGUCCCACUCCUCGAAGACGACAGAAGCGACGUCGUUUUGCUCAAGUUCCUACGAGCUAGGGACUUCAAGGUGAAAGAUUCUUUGACCAUGCUCAAGAAUACAGUCAAGUGGAGGAGGGAUUUCAAGAUCGACGAGUUGGUUGAUGAGAAUUUAGUUGAUGAUCUGGACAAGGUUGUGUUCAUGCACGGACACGACCGUGAAGGCCAUCCUGUGUGUUACAAUGUGUACGGUGAGUUCCAGAACAAGGAGCUUUAUAAUAAGACGUUCUCUGAUGAGGAGAAGAGGAAGCAUUUCUUGAGGACGAGGAUUCAGUUCUUGGAGAGGAGUAUAAGGAAGUUAGACUUCAGUUCUGGUGGUGUUUCCACUAUCUUUCAGAUUAAUGAUAUGAAGAACUCUCCGGGGUUGGGGAAGAAAGAGCUUAGAUCUGCGACCAAGCAAGCUGUGCAGUUGCUUCAGGACAAUUACCCUGAGUUUGUGUUCAAACAGGCCUUCAUCAAUGUUCCUUGGUGGUAUCUUGUGUUUUACACUGUGAUUGGUCCGUUUAUGACACCAAGAUCAAAGAGCAAGUUGGUGUUCGCUGGUCCUUCAAGAUCAGCUGAAACCCUUUUCAAAUACAUUUCACCUGAACAAGUCCCUGUGCAAUACGGAGGAUUAAGUGUAGAUCCUUGUGACUGCAAUCCAGACUUCUCAUUGGAUGAUCCAGCCUCUGAAGUUAUUGUUAAACCCGGAACAAAGCAAACUGUAGAGAUUAUAAUCUAUGAGAAAUGUGAGAUUGUGUGGGAGAUAAGGGUGAUUGGAUGGGAAGUGAGCUACAAGGCAGAGUUUGUGCCUGAAGAGAAAGAUGCUUAUACGGUGGUUGUUCAGAAACCGAGGAAGAUGAAGCCAGCUGAUGAACCGGUGUUAACACAUAGCUUCAAAGUGAAUGAGCUUGGCAAGGUUCUGCUCACAAUAGACAACCCAACCUCUAAGAAGAAGAAGCUUGUUUACAGGUUUAAUGUCAAAUCUCUCUGAUAAUUUAAAAACAAAUAAAAGUCUUUUUAAACUUCUUUUUUUUCUUAUUUACAAACAAUGUGGUGUCUGGUAUGGUUGUGUUUGUAUAUGUAAGAGUGUGUACGUUUUCAUUUUGUGUGGUUUAUACGAUGGAGCUUUCUGCAUCUUUUACUCUUGUAAUCAUUUGGGGAGAAUAUGUUUUACAUUACUUUUUUUUAAUAAAAUUUUCUCUAUC